UAGCUGAUUGGCGCGCUCAUCGCUAUGGCAACGGCUUGUUGUAGCAUCCUCAGCUUCCGGCUCCGUGUUCACCGCAGAGACAGAGAGUACCGGGAACGAUGGCCCAGCCGGCCACCGCCAUGAACCGCAAGAACCUGCAGAAGAUGGCCGAGAACCUGAGCAGAUCCGCCAGACACUUCACUAAGAUCGAGGUGGAAUGUCUCAUUCGACUUUACAACACCAUAGUGGGUCGUCCCAUAGACCCGAACAUCCGGGGGGAGGGAAUAGACCGGAACACCUUCAGGAAUAUACUGCACAACACGUUCACCAUGACUGACGAUAUGUUAAUGGACAGGGUUUUUCGCGCCUUCGAUAAAGACAACGACAGUCACAUUAGUCUGACGGAAUGGAUUGAAGGAUUGUCGGUGUUUCUCCGCGGAACGCUGGAUGAAAAGAUCAAAUAUUGUUUUGAAGUGUAUGAUCUGAACAGUGAUGGAUACAUCUCCAGGGAAGAAAUGUUCCACAUGUUGAAGAGCAGUCUACUCAAACAGCCUACAGAGGAAGAUCCAGAUGAGGGUAUAAAGGAUCUGGUGGAGAUAACCCUGAAAAAGAUGGAUUACGAUCACGACAGCAAACUGUCAUACACAGAUUUUGAAAAAGCUGUGCGAGAGGAGACCCUGCUCCUGGAAGCUUUUGGGCCGUGCCUCCCUGAUAGCAAGAGUAUAAUGGCUUUCGAGAGAAACGCAUUCGCAGAGCCAAGUGAACCAUAG